GAUUUGUUUUAUUUUAUGAGUCAAAGUUUUCAAUAAGAUCGGUAUCAUCUCGUGGGUGACAGCCUGAGGCCUUGGACUAUUAGAAAAAAAGUUUGCUUUUUCACACUUGAAUGCUUCGUUUUCCUUUGUUUUUCCCGAGCCUUCUUCAUACCUUCUUUGCAUCAAAAUUGUUCUCUGUAUUUUAGUUUUCUUUUUCAUGGGGUCUUGUUUUAGUGCAAGAAUCAAAGCUGAGAGCCCUUUUCACAACGAAGGGUGUCAAAAUGGUGAAGAAAUGGAUGUUUCAAGAAGAAGGGUGUCAUCAGUUUCAGGGCCUAGAACCGAGGGGGAAAUUUUGCAGUCCUCAAAUUUGAAGAGUUUUAACUUCAGUGAGCUUAGAACAGCCACCAGGAAUUUCCGACCGGACAGUGUUUUGGGUGAAGGUGGUUUCGGUUGUGUUUUUAAAGGUUGGAUUGAUGAGAAUUCACUUACUGCUGCUAAACCUGGUACUGGCUUGGUUAUUGCUGUCAAAAGGCUUAACCAGGAGGGUUUCCAGGGUCACCAGGAAUGGUUGGCGGAAAUCAACUACCUGGGGCAACUGUAUCAUUCUAAUCUCGUGAAAUUGAUCGGAUACUGCUUAGAGGACGAUCAUCGACUUCUAGUUUAUGAAUUCAUGCCUAAGGGAAGCUUGGAAAAUCAUCUUUUUAGAAGAAAUUCUUAUUUUCAACCACUUUCCUGGAAGCUCCGAAUGAAGGUUGCUCUUGGUGCUGCCCAGGGCUUAGCAUUUCUACAUUCUGAUGAGGCCAAAGUGAUAUAUCGAGACUUUAAAACUUCAAACAUCUUGAUCGAUUCGAAUUAUAAUGCAAAACUGUCCGACUUUGGACUGGCCAAAGAUGGACCCACUGGUGAUAAAAGCCAUGUUUCUACCAGGGUCAUGGGCACUUAUGGCUAUGCAGCUCCUGAAUAUAUGGCCACAGGUCAUCUGACGGCCAGGAGUGAUGUAUAUAGCUUCGGAGUUGUUCUUCUUGAAAUGUUGACCGGCAAGCGAGCAUUGGACAAGAACAGACCUUCAAGAGAGCAAAACUUAGUUGAUUGGGCCAAGCCUUACCUUACCAGCAAACGCAAGAUUUUACACGUUAUGGAUGCCCGUAUCGAAGGCCAAUACACGCUUGAUGCAGCAUUGAAAGCUGCUUAUCUCGCGCUGCAGUGCUUGUCAACAGAACCGAAGCUUAGGCCUAAUAUGAAUGCAGUAGUAAGAGCACUAGAGAAACUUCAAGGCUCCAGAGGUGAUCACAAAGGAGCCCCUCAAAAUGCAUCUCUUUGUAAUUCUCACCAGAGUUCGAGGAAUGUCCCCAAACAUCAAACAAAAAACAGAAAUGAUAUCGGCUAUCCUCGGCCAGCUGCUUCUCCAUUGAGUAAAUAAAGAGAAAAAUUCCCGCAAUGUGCUUUUUAUUGUUGCAGUUGAUACUUCGAUGAAUACCAUGUUUUGAACUUGCGCAUAUGUGUUUGAAUUGUGACCAUUGUACAGUUUUCGAAUUCAAUAAUAUCCGAGUUGUGCAUUUUGAUUCAUUGA